AUGUCGGAUGCUAUCCUACCGAUUCCUACAUCGCUACCUAUGGCGACUAGACUACCGAAUGGAACCCUAUGGGUGCCGAACGGUACCUUAAAGUGUGCCUUGGAAGAUAAGCGCGAUCUGCUCUUCGGGAUGCUUCACCACCGUUCGCAAUGCCGGGAAUUGCCUUUCCUACCGUUCGAAACGCCGGAGAUCGCCUUGUUACCGAUAACACUCACCGGAAAUCGCCUGUCUACCGAAAGCCCUCGUCGGAAAUCGCCUCAGACAGAGCUCUCACUUCUCAUAAGAUGCAAAGUGAGUGCGCAUCCGGGGUCAUCCCUAUUUAUAGGGGAAAUGGCUGGCAACGGUACUCCUCGAAAAACCAAACGGCGCAUUAAUGCGCCGCGCGCCAUCAUUACUUUCGCCACGUGUCACUCACCCAAUGGAGAACUGACGGCACGCGAGGCGCGGAAGUCGAGGCGCUCAGACGUCUCUUCGCCCAUCAGAUCGACGCGACCUUCUGACUUCACCAACGUCAGCCUCUGA